AUUAGUCCUCAAUUCAGCGUCACUCCCAUCCCAUUCCGUCGCCUGCUUCCGAAACAGCAGCUCCUCCAUUCCUUGUUCCCUAGCACGACUUCCGAAAGCAAGGCAUCAUUCCCCUCAGUCUGUUUUAAGCACCUAAACUAUCGAGUGAAUACCCUCGGAACCUACUCACCGUCUUGAAUACUCUUACAACAGCACCAACCAUGCUCCACGCACCGGCUGCAGCGGCGGUUGGCAACGCCGCCUCACCCUGCUUCUCCACCCUCCCCCUCAGCAGCGCCAGCGUGCUCGCACCAUCCUCCCAACGGCUACUCCCAGUGAGCGGGAUUCACGUCCAGUGCGGUCUGAUGCGAUGCGCAGCGGUAGCAGCGCGGCAAAUACCUCCGGGGAAACGCUCGGCGACAGCAAUACUAGAAGCUCAACGACCAGCAGAGCCCAUGAGACCAACGGACCCCCGUGCAUUCACGAAUACACUCCUCGGCAUGGCGCGUCUCGGCGGCAUGUCGAGCCGACGACGACCGGACGCCACCGCAUCGCUCCGCAGCUGCGCGUAUAGCGGCACGAUGACGUGGACCCCCGGCAACGCGGGAGACACCGACGGCGGCGGUGCGGCGGCUGCGUAUACGACGUCGGACGACGAGGAUAACAAGGAGCGGGUCAUCGAGAACGUCGAGAACUCGGUGGAGCGACGUAUCUUCGACUGCCGCUUCCUCACGCUUCUCGCGGUCAUCGGCUCGCUCGUGGGCUCCGCCAUCUGCUUCGUCAAGGGCUGCCUCUUCGUGCUCGAGUCGCUCGUCGAGUUCGCCUCUGCGUGGUGGGGCAUCGGCUCCGGCAACGUCAUUCUCCUGCUCGUCGAAGCCGUCGACGUCUACCUGAUCGGAACGGUCAUGCUAAUAUUCGGCAUGGGCCUGUACGACCUGUUCAUCCAUAACUUCAACGUCGAAGCCGCAGCUGGCGGCGACGGCGCAAACGGCGCACGCGGCGCGCACGGCAGCGGCAGCAAGUCGUCGGCGGCGGGCGCGGACCCGUCGCAGCAGCGCAAGGGCCGCGGGGCGCGCGGAGGAGGAGCGCGCAGGAGCCUGGGGUCGAACCUGUUCGGGCUGUUCCGUUUGCAGUCGCGGCCGUCGUGGCUGGAAGUGAGCUCGCUGGACGAGAUGAAGACGAAGCUAGGGCACGUGAUCGUGAUGAUUCUGCUCGUUGGCACGUUCGAGAAGAGCAAAAAGGUGGUGGUUGCCACCUCCAUGGACUUUCUGUGCUUCUCCGUGGGUGUGUGCUUCGCUGCGGGCUGCCUGUUUCUCCUGACGAAGCUGCACCUGCACCACGGGUCGGAGCACGGUGGCGCGCAGGGGCACGGUGGUCAGGAGAACGCGCAUGGCGGCUCUCAGGGUCAGGGGCAUGGUGCUGCUGCUGUGGCGGCUUCUGCUGCUGCUGCUGAUGUCGGGCACGUGAACGGGCAUGUGAACGGGCAUAUGAACGGGCAGGUGAACGGGCAUGUGAACGGGCACGUGUACAUGAAUGGGUAUGUGCCUCCGGAGUAUGUGAUGGGCGGCAGCAACCACAGUGCGCAUCACCAUGGGUACAUGAACGGACACGAGCAUGUCAAUGGCCAUGGUUAUGGUCACGUGAAUGGGCAUCGGCAACUGAACGGGCAUGCGAGCGGGCACCUGAACGGGCAUGUGAACGGGCAUGCGAACGGGCAUGCAAACGGGCACGUGAACGGGCAUGCGAACGGGCAUGACGUGAACGGUGUGAGACACAUCAGCGACCAUUUCCACACGGGUGCUCCGUACAAUGGCAGCAGCACCUAGGGGAGGGUGGUGACGGCUGCACCGCUGCUGCUGGGGGGGUGCAUCAGGACCAACAAAUGGUAGACAGCUGGAGGGGGGGACAGCUGCAGGAAGUAGCAGCUGCAGUAGUGGCUGUGGUACCCUCAUCUGCAGCUACCAGAGCAGCAGCAGCAGCAGCAGCAGUGGUAACAGCUCUACUUUUUGAAGAUCAAGGGAAUGAAGCUCGUUGAUACAUUGACCAGGUUUUUUCGACUCAAUGGGAAUGGAGCUGAGACACGUGGAAUCCUUACCUUACCCUUGCGCGUGCAGGAGGACUCUGCUCAGCAACGUCAGCCAUUUACCGCUCCUUUCUCGCGUGUUUCUGUUAAUAGACGUUUUCUGUGUAGCUUGUAGGGUGAGCCGUUAUGGCUUUUUUUAGUGCUUAGGCUGUGGCGCAACCCCCUUGCCCCCUGGUCCCCUCGGAUGCUCAAGUAUCUUGGGGCGCACCAGCGGUGCUGCUUGCCCGCGCGCGCGGGGUGAAUGUUCCCUAGGGCGAGUUUCAGCACGCAGCUGCUCGCCUACGCUUUCUGCUGUGGCACAGCCUAGCCUAGUUUUCUUGGCCCUCUGAUUGGUGGAGGGCAAACCUUCUUGGUACAUUUGUAACUUGUAUGAUUGUCUG